ACGAUUUCAAAUAAUAGCAAACAUUUAUUUUCAGAAAACGUGAAAUUUAAAGCAUUUUAAACGCACCUACUGUUUUAUACAAGAUUAAGAACAGCAAACUAAAAAUGAGACGAUAAAGUCCAAGACAAAAAAAUAACAAAUAAAAUAAAUAUGUAGUUUUUUUUUCUUCUUUUUUUCGGUCUUCAGCUCAAACGCGUAGGUGUACUUCCGCUCCUCACACACAACUAGAACCUUUAAUUUUUUUUUCUUUCGUAUAUAACAGCCGGGGAUGGAUUUGUUUCCGACAAGCUGCGGUGACGCACUGGACAGCGAUUGGACAUCUUGGUUUCAACUCCUCCCUCUUAAUAAAGUGUGUGCGUGUGCGUGCCUGCGUGCGUGUGUGUCUCUCCCUGUUGUAAAACACGGCAACACCAGGCGUCUGCGUAAAGAGGGCACACUCCGCUCUGCGCAAUUACGCGGACUCCUAACUGGCACAGCGUUCCGAGAAGAAAAUAAAAGGCAUUUUUUUUCCCCUCAGCUUUUAAACGAGGUGCAAAUGGACUUUUAAUCACAGCAUCCGGAUCAUUUCCAUUGCUUGCUUUUAGCACUUCGAUGCAGUUUGCAGCACAGCAGCUGUGAAUGUGAUGACUGCUACGCGCGUGCUCUGAGCACAUCCUUAUUUUAUAAGUACCUUUUUUUUUCUAUUUAAAUAGCUUUCCGUCUUCUCUAAAAUUGGCUCCCGUACAAACAGCCGCGUUGGAUCCCUCGGCGUACUGCGAGACUCCGGUGUAUAACCCGGAUCUCUGCCCUAACAUGAUAGCCGCCCAGGCAAAGUUGGUGUAUCACCUCAACAAAUACUAUAACGAGAAAUGUCAAUCUCGGAAGGCGGCCAUCUCCAAAACCAUCCGGGAGGUGUGCAAGGUGGUGUCGGAUGUCCUGAAGGAGGUCGAGGUGCAGGAGCCCCGCUUCAUCAGCUCCCUCAGCGAGAUGGAUAACCGAUUCGAAGGACUGGAGGUCAUUUCGCCCACCGAGUUCGAGGUCGUGCUCUAUCUGAAUCAGAUGGGAGUGUUCAACUUCGUGGACGACGGCUCCCUCCCGGGCUGCGCCGUCCUCAAGCUCAGCGACGGCCGCAAGAGGAGCAUGUCUCUCUGGGUGGAGUUCAUCACAGCCUCCGGCUACCUCUCGGCGCGCAAGAUCCGAUCGAGGUUCCAGACGCUGGUGGCGCAGGCUGUGGAUAAGUGCAGCUACAGGGAUGUGGUCAAAAUGGUCGCAGACACGAGCGAGGUGAAGCUGCGCAUCAGAGACCGAUACGUGGUGCAGAUCACCCCGGCUUUCAAAUGCACCGGCAUCUGGCCCCGAAGCGCCGCGCACUGGCCUCUGCCGCACAUCCCCUGGCCCGGUCCGAACCGAGUGGCGGAAGUCAAAGCGGAGGGAUUCAACCUUUUGUCCAAAGAGUGCUACUCCCUGAACGGCAAGCAGAGCUCGGCGGAGAGCGACGCCUGGGUGCUGCAGUUCGCCGAGGCCGAGAACCGGCUCCUGCUGGGCGGGUGCAGGAAGAAGUGCUUGUCGGUGCUCAAAGCGCUGCGCGACCGCCACCUGGAGCUGCCGGGGCAGCCCCUGAACAACUACCACAUGAAAACUUUAGUUUCCUACGAGUGCGAGAAACAUCCCAGGGAGUCGGACUGGGAUGAAAACUGCCUCGGCGACCGCCUGAACGGGAUUCUAUUGCAGCUCAUUUCGUGUUUGCAGUGCAGAAGGUGCCCGCAUUACUUCCUGCCUAAUUUAGACCUGUUCCAGGGGAAACCGCACUCUGCUCUAGAGAACGCAGCCAAACAGACUUGGCGACUGGCAAGAGAAAUACUGACCAAUCCCAAAAGCUUGGAGAAACUCUGAGGUAAAAAUAAUAAUAAUUAAAUAAAAAAGAAAAUAUUUGUUCACUUCGUUUUAAAAAAAAGUGUUAAACAGGUCUUGAACGGACACAAAAAACAACCUGAAAUGUGACUGUCCUCUGUUGUUGAACACGUUUUGGCCCAGCCUGUUUUCAAAUAAUUUCUUAGAGCAGUUUACUGUCCCUGUGCACCUUCUGCAGGUGUUCACUAAACAAGCAGAAAUGAUUGACUGAGCGUCACAGUUGCUUCUUUCAAAUCUCACUUUUCAUAAAAAAACGCUUUAAAAUAAAGCCUCAUUAAAAUUGGAUAAAAAAACACACCUGUAUAUUUUAUACUGUAAAUACAUUCAUAGAUUGUGGUUCAAGUGGUCUGAAAUUGUGAAUGUUGUUCUGUGGCAAGUAAAUAGGAUCCACCUGUUUAAAAUCAACAUUUUCCCCCUUUUUUCUGGUAGAAACUUUUUUUUUUAAUUUAUACUUGCAUCAUUGGUAGUCUGACUCACCUGUUCCAAUUAACAUUUUUUAAAAAUGUUUUUCAAAGUUUACAUUUGUUUGGAAUAUAGGCGUAAGACAUUUUGUUACAUCAAAAACAUUCCAUCAGUUUACUUGAAUUUUUUUAUUUUUAAAUGAUUCCAAACAUUUGAGUUGUGUGUCCUCUUCCAUGCUAAGGCCUGAUUUAAAAAAAGAUUAAAAAAAGAAAACGAAAGCCUAUAUAUAUUAUAUAUAAAUAUAUUACAGUUUAAUUGGAAAAAAAUGCACUUGAAAUACACUGGAUUAUAACAUCUGUGAUCGGAGUUUUUUAUUAUUAUUAUUUGUGUCUUUUAUCUAAUUUAAAGAGUUAAUAAAACAAUGUGUUUUAUA